AGCUAUAAAUUGAGUUGAUGGGGAGGGAAAUAGCGCAGUAGACCCUAGGUAGAAACCCAUGGAGCAAGAAGGAGAAGUGCCUCACGUUCUGAUCUUCCCCUUCCCGGCUCAAGGCCAUGUCAACUCCAUGCUCAAACUCGCCGAGCUUCUUUCCCUCUCCGGCCUCCGUAUCACCUUCCUUAACAUACACCGUAUUCACCAAAAACUUACCCUUCACUCUGACAUCCUAUCUCGUUUCUCUCGCUUUCCCAAUUUCCAAUUUCGAACCAUAACCGACGGCCUAACACCCCAAAAUCGCACCCUCGGCAUGUUCGCCGACUUGAUCCGUCGUUUGAAUUCCAUCACCAAGCCACUUCUCACCCAGAUGCUGCUUUCCGGUGAACUGGGUCCGAACCCCACCUGCAUAAUUCUUGACGGCCUUUUCAAUUUCAUCGUUGACGUUGACGCUCAACCUAAGAUCCCGGUAUUUAGUUUUCGGACCAUUAGCGCUUGUUCUUUCUGGGCUUAUUCAUUUGUUCCCAUGCUCAUUGAAGAUGGCCAGCUUCCCAUUAAAGGAGAAGAAGACAUGGAUAGAAUGAUCGACGGCGUGACUGGAAUGGAAAACGUUCUCCGAUGCAGAGAUCUCCCAAGCUUCUGCCGACUCAAAGACCCAUCUGAUCCAGCUCUUCAACACGGCGUCACCCAAACCAUACAGAGCUUAAAGGCCCACUCUCUGAUAUUCAACACGUUUGAGGACUUGGAAGGACCCAUUUUGUCAUGUCUUCGAAGGCGGUGCCCAAAUGUCUACGCGAUCGGACCUCUCCACAGUCUCCUAAAAUCCAGGCUUUCCGGUGAAGAAUCUCCAUUGGGAUCGGAGUCUUUCAACAACCUUUGGGAGGUGGAUCGGAGCUGCCUGGCGUGGCUGGACGCUCAACCUCCGAAAUCUGUCAUCUACGUUAGCUUUGGUAGCGUUGUAGUCAUGGGGGAUGGUCAAUUCAGAGAGUUCUGGCACGGAUUGGUGAAUAGCGGUAGACGGUUUCUGUGGGUUGUGCGGCCCAAUUUGGUGGCCGGAGAAGAUGGGGAAAACGGGAUUCCGGAGGAAUUGGAGAAGGGGACGAAGGAGAGGGGUUGUAUGGUGGAGUGGGCGCCGCAAGAGGAAGUGCUGGCCCAUGAAGCCAUUGGAGGGUUUUUGACUCACUGUGGAUGGAAUUCGACUUUAGAGAGCAUAGUCGCCGGUGUGCCAAUGAUCUGUUGGCCUCAGUUUGCGGACCAGCAGACGAACAGCCGAUACGUGAGCGAGGUUUGGAGGAUUGGAGUGGACAUGAAGGAUGUUUGCGACAGAGAGACAGUGUCACAGAUGGUGAAUGAUGUGAUGGAAAAUAAGAGAAAUGAAUUGAUGGGUUCUGUUAUUGAGACUGCAAAAUUGGCGAAGACAAGUGUGGAAGAAGGUGGAUCAUCCUUCCGUGAUUUGGAGCGGAUGAUUAGCGAUAUUCGAUUGCUUUACCGACGACAGAGAGAAGCCAUUCACUGAGCAUUUCAUUUUCCUGUAUGUUGUAAGCUUUGAAUAAUAUUGUGACCCAAAUUAGCUAUGCAACCAUAUUUAAUAAAAGAGGUUUCUUUCUUUUCGUUA